AUGUUUUCCCUCAAAGCUUUUCUGUUCGUUUCGGUCUUGGGCCUGGCGCAGCUGGCGGUGGCAAGCCCAAUAGACAAACAAGUCGAUCAACCACUCAUUUGCGCGGUGGCCGGUACCAGGGGUGACCCAACCAACCCCAAGGAUUUGUGCACCGUAAGUCGGUGCAACCCAUCUCUCCCAUACCCUAGUCCAAAGACUUUGUAG